UUAUUCUGAGUUGUUAUGACAGCAAACAACAACACAAUCAUUGAUCAUUGAGCCUGAAAUUCAUUUUUACACCAAGUGACACUAAAAUGGUUGUUGUUCUCCUCUGGAUCGCUCGUUUUAGCAGUUUUUACUUGGCGUCUCGAGACCAGAAAUACAAAACAGACCAUUAGAAUCAUAAUGGCGCCGCCAGCAGUUGCUCAGGAAAACUGUGGAUAAGUCUACACAUACAUCAGUCCUUGGUGUAGUCAAUCUGCCGAUGUGUAAAAAUAAUAAUAAUAAUAAUACACACAAAUCAACAAUAAUACAGUGAAGCAUAAGUGUCCUUAUUCUGUCUGUUUAUAGCUAUAUUUGCAAUAGAGGGAAAAUUAGAACAUCUUCUGAAGUAAAUAAUGAGUUAAAGCAAUAACCUUAAACUAUUACAUUUUUAUAUUCUGUCGCAAAAUAUUAUUAUAAUUUUUUUUUACAACAACAUGCCCUUAAAUGGUGAGUCACCUGUUAUCUUAAUUAUUUGUGCCAGAUGCAGCACAACAUGAUCAUGGUGCGGGUGUCAGCGACCCAAUUACCUUUUACUGCUGCGAGGUGACGUGUUCAAUCAUUAACUCAGCAUGUCCUCUGCCUCGAGUAUAUCACACAAACAUUAUUUGCUAUAGAUUCAAACGAAAGAGGAGAAACAGAAGGAUGAGUAUUACAUCCAGGAUAUGACUGAUUUUUAAAGGCACCAAAUCAGUCAAACAGUGGGCGUGAAAGAAAACGUUUCGUCAGCAAGAGCAGCAGUCAGACAAACUUUUUAUUUUUCUCAGUCCCAGGUUGACAACAGACCGAAGUCCAGUCGUGCUCGGUUCCUCAUUAUAGACACCGACUAAGCACAUUUUUAGUCCAUCCGUGGUUGAAAUACAUUUACCUCGCUUUUCUCUAAUCUUGUGCGUAAUUUUCGGACGUGUCGCGGCGGUGGAGAGAAAUAACAGUGAUCUAGAGAAAUAAUCGGUGGGUUAUGAACAUUCACUGUAUUGAUCGAGACAGCGCUAGAGGAGAACAGCAUAACGGAAUAACAAGAUCUCAUGACAACCAAGUUAUGUAGUUUUACAUCCAUUCUCCAACCCCUGAUACUAUAAAGGGGUACGAAAUCAAAACCGAAUUCCAUUCUGCCUGUCCUGAGGUGGCUGGACCACCAGUAUGGACCCCUGGCAAACUCUGGUGUCCAGAUGUUCUGCAUGGUGGCAGAUGCAUACUCCACAUGCACUGAGAGCUUGUAUUUAUGAUGUAUGUAAACCACUGGUGCCACUUCUGCUCUGCAUCGCCGCCCUGGUGGCUGUGAUUUUGUACGCUCUGGCAGAUAAUCUACACAGCUUUGUAUGCAGGAUCUUCAUUCCCCAGUAUCAUUACCCUUAUGCAGUGCCACUUGCAUUCAUACAGGUGUUUCUAAAUCUCCUGGCAUUGCUGGCAUUACACGGUAUAGGUCUGAUCCACCUGAAGCCUGUUUCACUGAAGCUGGCCGAGCGUUUGUUCGUGCCUGCGGUCUGUGGUAGUGUCCAGUGUGUUCUGGCCCUUUGGGCUGAGGCCAAUGCCCACUCUGGUCUGUACCCACUCAUCGCCUGCUUCCUCCCACUGGUCAGUCUGAGCUUGGGUCAUCUGUUUGCGCUGAGUAUGCCUGGAUCCAUCCAUGUUUCCUGUCUGCUAACAGCUGUCACUGUUGCCUCCGUCAGCGUCACAGCCUGUCAAGGACUGCAUACGAUGGAGGUAUUGGAAUAUGUCUACUCUCCUCUCAGCCUGGUCCUCCACAGCCUGUCUCUUGUCUGGCUAGCUAAAGUCACUCAAACAGAGCGAGGGCAUGCCUCAAUCUUUGAUCUGUAUUACACUCUCACGGUUACACGUUGUCUAUUAUUAGGCUUCCUGUGUGUUUUGCACCCUGAUGGCCCAAAGGCACUGAUUGAUGGCAGCUGGCACAGUCUGCUUUUUUUUGGAUACAUGCUUGGGAUGUUGCUGCUGGGUGCUGUGCAGCUUCUCUUUGUGGACGUAACAGCGUUAUAUUUCUCUGCUCUCCCAGCAGCUGUGCUGCAUGCUACCAGAGGGCUGAUGCUGCCCCUGUUCAGUGUGUUAUAGGACAAACUGACUGAUCAAUCAGAGUGUAGACCAUUCUGAGGAGCGACCAAUCAUUAAAAAAAUAAGUGGCCAAUCUCCAGCUAUACAGUAUAGCAACCAAAGGAAUAGUCCAGGUUUAAUACAAGUUAAGCUCAAUCGACAGCAUCUGUGGCAUAAUACUGAUUACCACAAAAAUUAAUUUUGACUUGUCCCUCCUUUUAAAAAAGUAGACAUCUGGGUUACAGUGAGGCACUUACAAUGGAAGUGCAUGGGGCCAAUCUGUAAACAUUAAAAUACUCUUCAAAAGUAUAGCCACAAGAUGUAAACACUAUGCAUGUUAUGUUACUAACUUUUUCUGGUUAACUUAAUUGCCAUGACGACGUAAUUCUGGAAACCCUAAAACGACCGUAAAUACAAGAUUUAAGAACUUUACAACUUAAAAAAUAGAAGUAUUAACAGAAGAAUUUGCCCCAUUCACUUCCAUUGUAAGUGCCUCACUGUAACCUGGAAUUUUGCUUUUUUUUUUUAAAGAAAAGGACGGAUGAGUCGAAAUUAUUUUUUUGUGGUAAUCUACAUUAUGCCACAAAUGCUGUCGAUUGAACUUAACUUCUUUUGAACCCGGAAUAUUCCUUUAAGAAUAACCAAUCAAUGACUGCAAAAGGAGGUCAAUACAACUGUAGAAAAUUGUCUGCAUCAGUAUUGUUGUAAUACUGUUUACAACAGUAUUAAAACUGAAUUCAGAGGUAUGACAACCUCUUCGGAGCCAAGAUUGUAAUCCAUUAAUUUAUAUGGUUAUGCCACCAGCAAACAUAUAAUGUGUGACAGCUCACUUGGCUUUCACUGAAACUAUGAAGCCCAUUUUUUAAAACCUUUUAGAUUAUCAUUUUUAUUUUAUUUUUUGCAUUGUGGCAUUAUUGUUAUGAAAAUUAAGCACAUUUCCUCCAAUUCUCAUUAACAUAAUGCAACAUUUUUUAUUUAAAAAGCCUUUAAUUAAUGCUGUAAAGUAAAAAUUCCAGACACAUUACAGUGUGCUUAAUUUGAUUAAUGCCAAAAAAAGCCUCAAAAAGUCCUAAUAAAUGCAUAUUUUUCUUUUAGAAAAAUGUAAUGUAGAGUUGGGGGUGAAAUAUGACCCGGAGAUGUUCUUGACAUGCUCUGAGAGAUUCACCCGAGUAUGCUAUUACACAGUGAGAUAUGUUCACAACAAAGGUCUUCACGUUGCUAAAAUGUAUGGUUUGAAUCUCAGCAGUGAAUAAAAAAAUAGCCACAAUUUAAGAAUAUUAAUAUACAUGUUAUUUUAAAAGCAGAAAACCUAGGACUCAUGUACAAAUUUUGCUCUUAACCUACAUUACAAAAACUACAGUAAUAUAUUGUUAUGAAGUUUGGAGCAAAUAAAACAUAUUGAUGAGGUUUUCUCAUUACUUAACACAU